CCAUUUGUCAAUUCAUGUCAGAAGCCAGAAGUGGAUAGCCAUAACAGUCUUUGCGGCGAAGUUUGUAUCGAAGUUUUCGGGUUUUCUAUGAACUUUAACUGAAUUUUGCUAAUUUUCGGCCACAAAAAUGAGCGGGGAUACCAACAAGACUGAACAAUUCGACUCGUUGUUUCUUACCAUCGCCCAACAUCAUCCUGAAGGUGCCCACCAGCUCCUGGACACCUUCGUGAGCUUCCUCGGUCGAAAGACUGACUUUUUCACCGGUGGAAGCAGAGGCGACUGGGAAAAGCUGGUGAUGAACACCUUCAGGCGCCAGGAGGAGAUUAGCUGCGCCCAACACGAAGCUGAAUUGAAAGCUAAGCGUGAGAAAGAGCAAGCCAAGAAGGCGAAGCUGGUCGAACAGCAACAGAAAGAGGAGAGUGUAAAGCCUGCAGAGAUUACCGAGCUCACGGAUGUUGAGGCCGAAAGGCUCCAGAAGGAGAUUGAUGAUAAGAAGAGCAGUGCUGCUGAGCCAGUUGAGGAGGAAGAGGACGAGUCGGAGAAGGGCAAGCUGAAGCCCAACAGUGGCAAUGGGUGCGACUUGGAUAAGUACAAAUGGACGCAAACUCUGCAGGAUAUUGAGGUGAGUGUUAGUUUGCUUUGCUCGGGAAUUGGCAUCUUUGGGUUAAGUAAGGUUGCCAGGUUUUUCCUCGAUGCUGGUCUUACUGGGUCCUAAUCUGGCUGUUUAACA